AUGGCCUUGAGCAGGAAGAUGCUGUACUUUGUUUUUGUCUUUUUCUUCAUUUUGGCUCAAUGUCCAUCAGGUUCCUGGGCAGGACUCAAGUAUUCCCAGCCCUUCCCUGGAGGUGAGUUUUCUGCGUGUGAGCCAUGCAAGCUGGGGCGGGGCAAGUGCAGGCGGAUGUGCACUGAGGAUGAGAAGGUGGUUGGAAGUUGCAAGCUGAACUUCUUCUGCUGCCGACGGAGGUUCCAGUAA